AUGGAUUUUGCCGUUGGGUUGGUGUCGGAUCCGGAUGAGCUGCGGGAGGUUUCGCGUGUGGCCGUGGUAGGAACGACCUACGGGAGUAGUGCGAGUGAUGGUUUGGUGGUGGAAGAGACCGAAGCUGACACCAAGACGGAUGUUGAGCAGACGUCUCAAGACGGUCUUAGUCAACAAAGUGAAGACUUAUUUGUAGUACCAACUGAUCACUUAAAGGUAGAAAUUGGUGAAGAUGAGUUAAAUGUUUUAAUGACGCAGGAUACGGAACCGUUGUCUGUGACGUUUUCCGGAAUAGAAACUUCUAGUGGAGUUUCGGAGGCACCAAUUGGUUUAACAAUGACUUUCCCUACCAAUGAAGCAAUAGAAGCCGCUCAAGGUUGGACGUUUUCUCAGCAAUUUUCGCCGGUUGAUGCUGGAGAAACGCAAAAUACCUUCGGUUGUUCCACAACCGAUAUUGAAAUCAAAGAGGAAAAUUCCGUAACUGCGUUUACUUCCCUCUACCAAGAAGUAUCACCCAUUCCAAACUCGAUUCGUGAACUGUACACCUCGGUAACUGAACAAUACAGUGACUUCUGCUUCUCGUACCUCCUAGCAGCUCAACUCUGUCAGGAUGCGGUGCCUACCACUGCCUACAAUAGCUUGAAACUAAGUCUACUGCUCAGCAUAGCGUCAAUCCAGAAAUCCAGCCAAAAUCAACCGUUUCACGUGAUCGCGCUGGGCGCCGACACGGCCAUCUCGCACCGGUUGAUGUCCUCCAUCGGGCAGCUGGCCCGUCGUUUUGUCACCGGAAUGUUGGACCCCCUGGCGGGAGGUCACGUGCUGGACGACAACUUCGUCGAGUGCGGUGCUACGACGCUGGCCCGUACGGGCGUCUGCUACAUCGGUGAUUGGGCCAUGCAGAAGCCGAGCAAUUCGGUUCGUAUCCUGCGUGAAAUCGAAUCCGGACUGGUGAUCAUCGAGAAUCAUGCCAUCACCUAUCCGCUGGAGUGCGCCAUCUGGACCUGCUGGAACUAUACGCGCAAGGCGAAGCAGGAUCUGACUGCGGUGUUGACCUUUUUGAAUGCUUUCGGAAUACCGGUUGUUCUGCCGGAGGAAACACCCGCGUCGGUGGUCGAUUUCAUUCUGGAAAGAUCGCUUGUCGGCUUUGAGUCGGCGGAUCAGGAAGUCCUCGUUAGUGAACAGGACGUCCGACAGUUCUUGAAGAUGAUGUACUGCCAGGAGGUCAGUUUUUCGGAGGAAGCUGAACAAUUACUGGGAGAUUAUUUCGUUACUACUAGACUUACCGUACCAGAAUCCUUGACCCAGACUUCGUUCUUUGCUCUUCGGAAGUUGACGGAGGCUCAUGCGCGGCUCUGUUUCCGUAACCAUGCUACCCGCCUGGACGUCAUGGUAGCCAUUAUGAUAUGUGAACGCUUUAUUCACAGUGUUUUCUCGAACCCAGGUAAUGCGGCUCCGCUUAUGGACACUUUUACCGACAUUGACGAACUCGAGCAGUAUCUGUACCGAUUCGAUUGCUGGUUGAAGGAAUUUCUCAGAAAUUCAACGCCUCGUUAA